GAUUCAAGUGAGAUUUUAGUGUAGGGUUGCGCUAUGAUUUAUGAGAUGGGCGAGCUAUUCAAGACGAAUAACUGGGCCGUUGCCGACAACCCACUAUUUGCGAUUAGUGUCCGUAGCGAGUUGGCCCAGUAAAAAACCCAUAUCCUUGACUCUCUGCUCUGCCUCCGGCCCUGUGGCCACUCUGUUUUCAGAAUCCUGCACAAUCCAUCGUCCUCUGGUAACUGUGAUGAACUGCUUGUCGCAAGUUUCGUCCUGCACAACCGCCAUUUUCAGAACCAAGUCUUGCUUCGUCGCGGCGGCGAGUUCUUAUCUGUGCACACCUCUUCCCUGGAGAACAAAAUUCAACCGUCCGAUUGGGAUUAAGUCUAUCAACUUAGAAUCAACGAGACUCCAUGUCCAGCUCUACUCCUCUAGAAGCAGCAGCAGCAAGACGACGGCGCUUCGUUCGCGAAGAAAGUCCGAACCCGAACCGGUUACUGAACCGGAAAAGGACGCCUUUUAUGUAGUUCGUAAAGGGGAUGUCGUCGGUGUUUACAAGAGCUUCAGCGAUUGCCAGGCCCAGCUUGGUUCUUCGAUAUUUGAUCCUCCCGUUAGUGUGUACAAAGGGUACUCUUUGACUGAGGAAACUGAAGAUUAUCUCGUUUCGUUUGGACUUAAGAACGCAAUUUACACCAUCAGAGCUGAGGAUUUGAAGGAUGAUCUUUUCGGCAAGCUUCUGCAUUGCCCUUUUCAAGAUCCAACAUCUUCAAAAGAUGAAACAUCUGCGCUGGAUGCAUCCGAAAAGAGACCCCGUGAAGUGCCUGGGUCGGAAAAUGUGGAAGUAAUUGGUUCAACUUCCAUAUUAGAAGACCAAUUCAGAAAGCAUGUCGAAAUAGAACAUUUCACUGAAUCGCCACCCUUGGACACUGAGUCCUGUAUUCUUGAGUUUGAUGGUGCAUCAAAAGGAAAUCCUGGACUAGCGGGUGCUGGAGCUGUGUUGCGUGCUGAUGAUGGAAGUUUGAUUUGUAAAAUUCAUGAAGGUCUUGGUGUUAGAACCAAUAAUGUUGCUGAGUACCGAGCUCUGAUUCUAGGGCUAAAAUAUGCUCUUAAGAAAGGUUUUACUAAGAUUCGUAUCAAGGGUGACUCCAAACUCGUCUGUAUGCAGGUUCAGGGAUUAUGGAAGGUCCGAAACCAAAACAUGUCCGAUUUGUGUGAAGAGGUGAAGGAACUGAAGGAUAAAUUUAUCUCGUUCCAGAUCAGUCAUGUUCUCAGGGAACAAAAUUCGGAGGCAGAUGCUCAAGCAAACUUGGCAGUCCGUCUUAGCAGUGAGGACGUCGUUUCGAGCACUGCUGCCGACCUCGCUGACAUGGGCGAAGAAGAAGAUGACGACGUGCCCAUCUACUGUAACCCGACUGCUUCCACGGUGGCGAAGAUCAUGCUACCCACUAUCCUUCAGCCAGGCGUCGUGGUGUACGAUGGGGUCUGCCAUCUCUGCCAUGGAGGGGUGAAGUGGGUGAUCAAAGCAGACAAGUACAGGAAGAUCAAAUUCUGCUGCGUCCAAUCGGAGGCUGCCGAGCCUUACCUGAGAUUGUGUGGUCUUGAUCGAGAGGACGUUCUUCGUCGAUUUUUGUUCGUCGAAGGCCCGGGGCUUUACCACCAAGGCUCUACUGCUGCACUGAGAGUAUUGUCCUACUUGCCUCUCCCUUACUCUGCUUUGAGUGCUUUCAUGGUGAUCCCGACUCCUCUGAGAGAGAUGAUCUAUGAUUACGUUGCCAAGCGGCGCCACGACAUCGGUGGCAAGUCCGAAGAUUGCUUGGUUUUGCAAGAGAAAGAGUUGCUGGAGCGUUUCAUUGAUAGGGAAGAGCUUAUGGACCGAGCUCCCCCAGAUUUGUAAUCAGUUCUUAUGAAUGUGUUACUUGGUUUCACUCAAGUGCUUUUGGAAGUGUCAAACUGAGUAGCAUUGUCUUAAAAUGAUAUAUUACUCGUAA